CACAAUGCUCUCAGAUUCGACACACCAUGGCUCUCCCUCUGUCUUCAUCCAGAAAACCUGUUCGUUCUAUCCCCCCUUACAUUUUGACGUAGCUGUAUAUAACAGGAGCUGUUGGACCAAACAACGUCAGAUUCCUGAUCAGGUAGCCGUACCUGAGGUGAUCUCUCUUAGUUUCCAUUCAGAGAGGAAUACGGAACUGGAUUGUUCUCCAUGGGGCUGGCAGUAACAACUUUACAGUAACAACCAAAGGAAGCAGGGGGAGGAUGGGGUCGUGGGGUCACCUGGUCUGUGUGUCCCUGCUUCUGUGCGUUUCUGCCACUGUCACAGACGGCUCCCUCCAUAGCGUUGGCCCCUGCUUGGUGGACACAGGCAAGGCAUCAUUCCACUGUAGUCAGAAGAAGCUCACAAAGAUUCCAGAAGAAAUAUGGACCAAUGUGACCAGACUGGACCUCUCAAAGAAUGGUCUUAUCCUGAGCCAUCCCGACACUCCGAGAACACUGCAGAGGUUUGAGAAGCUGGUCCAUCUGAAUCUGUCAGCUAACUACCUCCCCCUGCUGGCCAGAGGCUUAUUCAGCAGUCUCCCAUCUCUGGAAGUCCUGGACCUCAGCUGGUGCCAGCUCUCUGUAGUGGACACAGAAGCCUUUGAAGGCAUGCCAAGAUUGCAGAGGCUCUUUCUAGGGCACAACAGACUGCAACCUUCAGUGUCUACCACCUUGAAGGAACUUAGAGGUGUCCUAUCCUACCUGGACCUGCAAGGCAAUCCUCGUGACAGUUUUGCACCACAUGAAGGGCCAAAGGGAGCCCAGAAAGUGACCAGAUUCAAAGCAUCAAAAGGACAUGUACAUGACCAUGGCCAUGAAGGGUUCAAGGAGACACAUAUCAGCGGAAAAGUAAACCACAGGAAACUACUAGCUGAAGAUCCCUUCUAUUCCACUCCAGCUCCAACAAGCACAACCCUUAAUGACACUACAGCUGGUCGCGUUCCCCCUCACAACUGGAAGUUUCUAGUGGGAGUGCUGAUUACAGCCAUAACACUGUCCAUCAUCAUUGCAGUACUGGCCAAAUGCAAACUCCUCCACCAGUACCUGGCCAGCUAUCGUCACUCACGCUUUACUAACGUCGACUCGGAAAGCAACUAUGACCCAGAUGUGUAUGAGGUGGGCUUUGCCUCGCAGGGAGGAGCAUCCAUGGUAUCAAAUGGAAUAGCAGAUCAUGAUGAAGAGGAAGAGGACGAGGAAGAGGAUGAGGAAGAUGAUGAUGGCUUCAUUGAAGACAAUUAUAUACAGCCAAUUGAGAGAGAGAGGGCGGCAAGAGCAGCACAGCAACAGGCGAAAGAAGAGGUGGAGGAUCUGGAUGAUGAGCUGGGUGAUGAUAUGGAGUUCACCAUUGGAUAAGGAUUUUUGACUUGGAUUGGAAUAAAAGUAUGGAGGAUGGCCAAAAAUCCUGUACUUUUUUUUCCUGGAAAAAUGGUAGUCUCUCAUAUUUGGAAUUAUGCUUUGUAAGUUGAGCUGAACAGCUCUGAGCUGCCAUAAGCACACAACAACUGCCAUAAGCACACAACAACUAACACACUCAUACAAUUCAAUGACAUCCUUACUUGGAGAAUCUGUAAAACAAAAAUAACCUCUGAUUGCCACUCUGACUUGAAAAUGUGCACUCCUUUGUAAAUAGUUUGACUAAUGUCUUGUGACAGAUUAUUGAACUUUUCACUCCAGUUUUGAAUAAAAUAUUUUCCUGUU